AAAAGAGGACGAAACCAUAAAGAUUUUUUGUGCAGACGAGAAAUUCGUCGUCGAAGUCAGGAUGGCGCUCUGUGCCUCCUCUCUUCGCCUCCAAACAAUCCCUGCAUCGCAUUUUCUGUCGUCGCGACCCUUUUCUUCACGCCCACUUAUGCGAUCGGAUCGUGUGAAAGCAGGGCCUCCUGCUUCGAGAGCUCUCCGAGAAUGGCGGGAGUACGAAGAGGCGGUGAAGCGCAAGGACCUUGCUUCUGCUCUCCGGUUCUUGAAGUCCCAAUCUGUCCCCGGCGUUGUUAAUGAGGACGAGGGUGACGAGGUGGGGAUGUACCUGUUUGGGAAAUCGGAGGAGAGGGAUUGGGAGGUCCUGGAUGCGUGCUUGAACGCGGACGACAUGAAGCUCGUCACCAGUGCUUAUGCCCUCCUCAAGGACCGGGGUUUCUUGCCCAAUUUCGGCAAAUUCCGGAGCAUCGUUCUGGAGGGACCGAGGGACGUUACACCCACAGUACUCAAGUCUUCCACCGGCUUGGAAGUCACUAGAUUUUCCCCGAAGAAGUGGGGUCUUGAUGGAACCUCGAGUGCACUCUUGGUGGCUUUUCUCGGCGGAGUUUCCUUUCUUCUCUCCCAAGGGAUUGAUAUUAGACCUAAACUGGCGGUGAUACUGGGACUAGCUUUUGUGGACUCGGUGUUCCUCGGCGGUUCUUGUUUAGCUCAAAUUUCAAGCUAUUGGCCUCCAUAUCGCCGACGAAUCCUUGUCCACGAAGCUGGCCAUCUCCUUACAGCAUACCUGAUGGGUUGCCCAAUACGCGGCGUAAUUUUGGAUCCGAUCGUUGCAAUGCAAAUGGGCAUUCAGGGACAGGCAGGGACGCAGUUUUGGGAUGACAAGAUGGACAAAGAACUUGCUGAGGGGCGGCUCAGCGGCACUGCCUUUGAUAGGUAUUCCAUGGUGCUUUUUGCUGGCAUCGCUGCUGAAGCUCUUAUCUAUGGUGAUGCCGAGGGUGGAGAAAAUGAUGAGAAUAUGUUUAGGAGCCUGUGUGUCCUAUUGGAACCCCCGUUGUCAGUUGCACAGAUGUCAAAUCAGGCCAGAUGGGCGGUUCUGCAGUCUUAUAAUCUGCUCAAAUGGCAGAAACAAGCCCAUAGAGCUGCUGUGAAUGCUCUGGAGAAUGGCUUCAGUCUUAGCAUGGUAAUCAGGCAAAUUGAGGAAGCAAUGUCUUCUCAGAAAUGAAAAUAAGGCUGUGGAGAUGAGUGCAUUGACUUGUGGUUCUGUCUCGUCAACUCAUGUGGGCACCCUAAGAUAUCGACGAUUGCCUUCCUUGAUGGGCCCAUUGAUGCCCACUGUCUCAGUGAUAAGCCUGAGAGUCUUAAAUGCCGACACAUGAUGGGCAUGCCAAAAACCUUCAUCAUUGAAAAUGCAUAUGUUGGCUCAAGGAUGAAAGCCAGUCUGACAGGGAGAUGAAGAGAUGCGAUUUUGUUCAGUCAAAGCCUUAAGGAGCAACUCUGCUUUGUGGAACUGACCACAGGUUCCUUGGGUUGCUUAACUGAUGACAUGGAUUUUGCACACUCAAAAGACGAAGCUGCAUAAGCCUCUAAAUUUGUUCGUUGGACUGGAAAGUGUCUAGAGUUGGUUUCUUGUUAGCUGGAAACCACCUUGGAUUGUACUAAAAAUUUGGUUGGAGAAGAGGCUGGUGCACUUUGUACAUAACCUCCUUCCAGCAGUACUUUCAUUUUAUAUAAACCUUGACAGUUUUCUUGUU